AUGCUCAAGAAGGCUGUCCUUCCUGCCGUUCGUGCUAUUCGCAACUGCUCCCAUGCUCCAGCGAAGUUCACUGGACAAACUCCAACCAGUUUCAUUCACGAUGGAUGGGCUAACGCUCGAACACCAUUCCACGUCCACAACAAAUGGCUGUUUGCUGCGAAGGCCAUUACAAUCUUGACUAUUGGAUUUUGGGCGCCAUUCAUUGUCGUCGAGUAUCAACUAAGAAAGGCAAACCAGUAG